GGCCAACCGUCUACCCAUCUUCCAUUUUCUUUCAGUUACGAGGGACAGACAGAUGCUGCACUCUCUUAACCUCUGACUUGAUGUGAUAUACGAGAUCAAAAUGAACAAGAUCAUGCUGCAAGGGGUGUCCUUUUUUCUCUUCCUCCUCUUCAGAAUCUGUAAAGGUAAUGCAGUUGUGACAACAGAGUCCACAAAACAAUCAGAAGUCUCUAUAUCUCUGUCUAACAGCACUGGACCCACAGAAUUAGCUCAUGAUAACCCGAAUCCAACUGGGUUGUUAAUGGGCCCAGUUACCGAUGCUCAGCAGUUUAACGUCACCUCACCUACAGCAGUCACAAGCAACUCCACCAGUUCAUCCGUGACCACCCCUAUGAACCCCAACAAGACAUCUGCGUUCACAUCCAGACCAGCCUCACAGACGAACAUUAUGACCAACACCUCCAAAACCAAAACAAGCUCUACUAUGUGUGAGAAGAGAAGGAGUGAACCAUUCCAUUACAAUUACACCUUUCUGCGUAAAGUAGGGUUAAGCAUUGCUGCACUUCUCUUCGUGAUGGGGAUUUUGGUACUUGGUUGUGGCAAAGUGAAACGAAUUCCACGCUGUCACAUUGGCAAAGGAAGUUCAUACAAGGUGACCAGAAGUUAACACUUCCCUGCACUGAUUAUUUGGCUUGGCAAAAACAGCAUAACAACAAGCGAGUCACAAAGGAACAAAGGUUGGAAGGGGUCUGCUGAGGGUAGGGUUGCCACUUUUGAAGUUGUAAAAUAAGGGACACUAAUAUUAAUUCUUAAAUGAUUUAAGAGUUAAUAUGUGUUAUUAAUAAAAAUGGUAUAUCCUUUCUUAUAUGCUAAAAUUAGAAUUUUCCUGACCAUAAGUUUUUGUUAAAAAUAUAUUUUAAUUUUUCGAUUAUUUGUCACCUUUAUCUUAUGUAUACAUUUUGGUUGGUUUAUGCGCAUUUUAUUUUAUUUCUUGUAUUUUCCCUUUACCUGUACUUGUCUUUAUGACAUUGUUUGAUCAUAUUGAACAUUUAUAUAGAAAUAAAUCCACAGUUUUUGCACCAUUUGUGUACUAUUCAGAUGGUCCCUUACCACACCCUCCACAGUAUUAGCAUGUUUUAGCACAAUGUGUGGACUUUUCAGAUGGUCCCUUACCCACAUAUUCAAAUUUUCCAAUUUGUAUCAAUGUUAAAUUAGUGAUCUGGAACAAUUUCACCUUGAUCCCAUCUGACCAGCUUAAAUACGGGACAAAUUGUGUCCUGCAUUGAUUUGAUUCGGGACACAUCAUUUUGUCAUGAUUUUGAACAGGGCUCUUCCAAACUGAAGAGAGCCCUUGAGAUGAUGGAUACUAGUGAACUUAUGAUUCUCCCUUUUUUCCUUUUAUUUGCACAACAGUAAUUUGAAAAUAAAUUCGGAUUAAAUUGUGUUAUUGUAUCAUUACAAUUUACUGUUGUUUAAUAAUAGUGUAAUAUUACAGUUUAUUAAUAAAAACAAAUUAAUCAAUCCUCCGUAUUGCAUUUGUUCUUCAAAGGAAUAUUGUGCUUUACUCAUGUAAGCACAUCCUUUGGAAUUAUAAGAAUGUAAGCAUAAAAAAAAAAAGAAUGCAAAUUCUUGAUAUCAAUUACAUGCCAAAUUAUUGAUAUCUGAAAUCCAUUUCCAGAUAUCAGAAAUAACAAUUGUAACAUAUUGAAAUACAUUUACAGAUAUCAAAAUUCACCAUUUUCACUAGUUUUAAUUCAAUUGUUGAUAUCAAGAAUUAACAUUUUAUUAGUAACAAUGUAAUUAUUGAUAUUAGGAAAGGUACUAGUAACAAUUAUUGCCUUGAUAUCUCAAAUAGCCUUUGAAACAAGUGAAAAUGGAAUUACUGAUAUCUUAAAUGUGAUAUUAAUGCGCCAGAAGUAACAGGUUAAAAAAUGGAGGGAGACAUUCCAUGCGUAAAAACAGCUUGUUUGUUUUAUGUUCAAUAAAUGUUAUUGUAUUUUUUGUUAAUUGUUAAAAAAAAGCAAUAUUAGAUUUGCAUGUUUGGGAGGCACAUCAAUGACCCUUUCAUCCAAUUGGCCAACCCGUGCCAUCUUCUGUACUGCCUUAAUCCUUUUAGCCAGAAUAACAGUUGGUACUGCUUUGUAUAUUUGGCUAAAUUUUAAUGAAAUAUUGUCCUGAACUACCACUCACUGUAAACUACGCAUGCCAUAUGCAGAAAAAUUAUGUUCGCUGUCCUUUUCUGCAUAUCGCGGCGCCAUUUUGUUGUCUGUUAUACAUAACACGGCGGCUCAUUUUAACUUAUCACGGCCCAUUCGGAACAUUUCGCUUGGUCGGGAUAAUGCUCGGUAUGCAAGAAAACCAGUCCAGCCCUGCUCUACAUGUAUGGUUUCCAUUCCAGUGUCAGUUUAAUUCCUGCUUGAAUUUUUGCACCAGUAGUGGCAUAAAAUCACCCAACGGCAAUGUGAAAGACUGGUUGAGAGCAUGUUAAGACACAUGAAAGCAGUGAUUUAAAAUCAGGGUUAUUCCACCAAAUAUUGAUUUCUGAACUCUUCCUAAGAUAAAACAUGAGUAUUGUGUUGUUUCAAAAUGAAUAUGAACUUGAUUUCUUUGCAUUAAUUGAGGUCUGAAAACACUGCAUCUUUUUUGUUAUUUUGACUAGUCAUUUUCUGCAAAUAAAUGCUCAAAAUGACAAUAUUUUUAUAUGGAAUUUGGGAGAAAUGUGGUCAGUACUUUAUAUUAAAAAAAAAAAUUAAAUUUUACUUGAACACAUACCUAUAAAAAGUAAAUCCAGAGAAACUGAUAAUUUGGAGUGGUCUCUUCAGUUUUUCCAGAGCUGUAAAUAAUACAUUAUUUUUAUUUUGAAUAAAUUGUAUGAUUUUGUAAUACAUUUGUUUUAUGACAUAUUAAUAAAUGUAAUGGUGAAUGGUAUUAAGUGAGUACGGAAGGAGCAGGUGUAAAUUUCUGUAAAAAAUUUUUUUAUGCAUUUGGCAGACUCUUUUAUCCAAAGCGACUUACAGUGCCCUCACUACAGGGACAAUUCCCCCGGAGCAACCUGGAGUUAAGUGUCUUACUCAAGGACACAAUGGUGGUGGCUGUGGGGAUCGAACCACCGACCUUCUGAUUAACAUUCUACCAGUUAUGUGAUUUAGACCACAACACCACCACCACUCCACUGUUCAUUUCAACUAACAUUUUAUAAACUAAAACCUUCAUUAAUGUGGCAAUAUAGGCCUACUGUUCAUUAUUCAUAAAUAAGGGUCAUUGUGCGGUCCGCAUGGGACGCCUUUUGUCUGAAUAAUUAGUCUUGGCUAUAGUUUAAUUGUUUUAAAUGAAUGUUUAAAAUUGACAUUUCUCUUUCAUGCUUUUUCUGAAAUGAGAAACCAGUAACGAAAGAAUCACUCCUUGUGAUAAAAGCCUCCCAUCUGCUGCUGUCUGACCAAGGAAAAUGUCUUCUUACCUGCUAGAAGCCAAAAUCGAGGAGGAAUGGGUGUUACAAUAGCGCAUAAUGUCACGAUUCCCCGUUGUUUGCCCUGUGUUUCUCCCUUGCCAUUUCUCCCGGACUACACUUCCCACAAUUCCCUGCCCUCAUCACUGCCAGCUUGAUUGUUCUCACCUGUUAAUCAUUAUCCCUGUGUAUUUAAGCCCUGUUGUUUGUUCAGUCUUGGUCCAUUGUUAAAUGUUAGGUAAUGUCUGUUCCUGCCCGUACCCUUUGUGGAUGUUCCUCUUGUUUAUAUUUUUUUCCUCUUGUUUAUAUUUUGGUUUCCAAUCGUGGAUGUUUUGUUUGUUCCUAUGUUUACCAGUCGUUUGUCCUUUGUUAAUUUUCAAUAAACUGCAUGUAGAUCCU